AUGUCUGCAAUAUUAUCAAUGGAGGUAGAUGACGGGACGGAAACGCAUCAUCGGGGAGUCUGUACGCCUUCUGUCAAAGGGAGACAGAGUAUGGACAGCAAUGAAGAAAUUAUAUCACCGAGUCCUAGGUAUAAACAUGUAUACAUGUCUGAUAAAACUAAAAACAAGCGUAAGAACUUUGAUCACACAGAUCCGUUUGCCAUCAGAGAUUUUGUGCUAGGAUUUGAUAGUCCUAAGUAUGGUUCUGUUACAAAAGAUAUAGAAGAUCUUUUUUCACGAAAGAAGCAGAUGUUCAUGCCUACUUUUAGAAAAUUUCCUUUACUUGGAGUUGAUUCACUGGAUCUGAAGCCUAGGAAGGAUAUUUCCAUUGUAAUUGAAAACACAAAGCAUGAUACAAAUGCACAAGCACCACAAUUGGUUGUUAUCAUUGACUCGGAUGAUGAUGAACCCACAUAUCAAAUUCCUUCAAAAUCAUUCCAAGAUGCAGUUAUCAAGAUUCCUUCAAAACCAUACGUGGAUAUAGAACUCAAGAUUCCUUCAAAAACAGACGAGGAUAUAAAACUCACGAUUCCUUCAAAACCAUAUGAGGAUACCAAACUCAAGAUUCCUUCAAAACCACACGAGGAUAUAGCACUCAAGAUUGGUUCAAAACCAUGCAAAGAUACACUACUCAAUAAGCCUACUGAGCUGUCAAUGGAACAAAUUUUGGGUGGAGAUGAUGGUCUUGACCAAGCUACAAAGGAAGGGGGAGAUAGAGAUACAUUAACUGUUGUGGCGCCUAGUGUUGAAAAAGAAAAGAGCUUUAAAGAUGAUGACAUGGACAGUGAAAAAAAACAUGAUGAUGUGGACAAUGACAAGCAUGGUGACAUGGACAGUGGAGGAAAGAAGCAUGAUAAGGGUAAGUAUGUUGGUGUUGAAGAUGACGAUUCAGACGAACAACCUGAAGCUGAUUUUGACGGACUAGGCGAUAUAUGGAAAGAAAUGACAAUCGGAUUAGAGUCUUCAAAGGAUAGAAUCCCAGCAUCUGAUGAAAAUGCAAAUGAAGAGGGAAAAGACUGUGAUCAUACAUUUAUUUUGAAAGAAGAUAUUGGUUCUGUAUGUCGUGUGUGUGGAAUAAUCGAUAAAAGUAUCGAAUCCAUAAUCGAAUUCCAGCGUCCCAAAACCAUAAAGAGUACAAGAACUUAUCACUAUGAAAGCCAAACAAAAAGAGGAGAUCGAGCUAAUCCUGUUCUUAAUGGGGUUAAGCUACCCGGAAAUGAUUUCUCAGUGUGUGAAGUAAUAGCUCAUCCAAGACACAAAAAGCAAAUGAAACCACAUCAAAUUGAGGGUUUCAAUUUUCUUUUAAGCAACUUGGUGUGUGACAACCCUGGAGGCUGCAUUCUUGCUCAUGCUCCAGGAUCAGGGAAAACAUUCAUGCUUAUCAGCUUUAUUCAAAGCUUUAUGGCUAAGUAUCCAGAUGCUCGACCACUUGUGAUUCUCCCAAGGGGUAUCUUGGGAACAUGGAAAAAAGAGUUUACUAGAUGGCAAGUGGAGGACCUCCCGUUGUUUGACUUGUACUCUGUAAAAGCUGAGGGUAGGGUUCAACAAUUUGAAGUGUUAAAACAGUGGGCUAAUCAGAGAAGCAUUUUAUUUCUUGGAUACCAACAGUUUUCCUCGAUAGUGUGUGAUGACGACACAAGCUCAAUUCCAGUUAGUUGUCAAGAGAUUUUACUAACAUACCCUUCGCUUCUCAUACUAGACGAAGGUCACACCCCUAGAAACCAAGACACCAACAUUCUCACCUCUCUUGAAAAAAUCCAAACCCCUAGGAAGGUGGUUCUUUCCGGAACCUUGUAUCAGAACCAUGUCAGAGAGGUUUUCAACAUCCUUAACCUCGUACGUCCCAAGUUUCUACGAAUGGAAAAUUCCAAAGCUAUAAAACGACGUAUUCUGAGCAGGGUGCCCAUUGAAAGCCGGAGAAACCUUUUGAAAAAGAGUACAGAUAACGAAUUCUACGAGGUGGUUGAACAUACUUUGUUAAAAGACGAGGAUUUUAAGAGGAAGGUGACUGUGAUUGAAGAUUUACGUGAUAUGACGAACAAAGUUUUACACUAUUACAAAGGCGAUUCCUUAGACGAAUUGCCUGGACUCGUUGACUUUUCUGUUUUUCUUAACCUCAGCCCCAAACAAAAACGCCAUGUUACAGAGUUGAAAAAGUUGAAAAAGAAAUUCAAAAUAAGUUCAGACGGAAGCGCGAUUUACGUCCACCCUGCGCUCAAAUCUGUAUUGAAGACCACCAAGGACAAAAACGACGACGACAUUAGUAAAAUCGAUGAGAUUUUGGAGACAUUGGACGAAAGAGAAGGAGUAAAAGCUAAAUUCUAUCUCAACUUACUCCGUUUAUGUGAAUCCGAAGGCGAAAAGCUUCUUGUAUUCGGUCAAUAUCUGUUGCCUUUAAAAUUUCUACUUCGAUUAACAGUGAAGACAAAAGGUUGGAGUCUGGGAAAAGAGGUUUUCAUGAUCACAGGAGAUCAUGACAACGACGAACGUGAGAUAGCGAUGGAUCAAUUCAACAACUCCCCGGAUUCCAGAGUGUUUUUCGGAUCAAUUAAGGCGUGUGGGGAGGGGAUAUCACUUGUGGGGGCGUCUAGGAUAAUUAUUUUAGACAUUCAUUUAAAUCCAUCUGUUACGCGACAAGCGAUUGGGCGCGCGUUUAGACCGGGGCAAAUAAGGAAAGUGUACACUUACAGGUUGAUUGCAGCGGAUUCACCUGAAGCGGAUGAUCAUGAAACUUGUUUCAAAAAGGAAUCGAUUGCUAAAAUGUGGUUUGAAUGGAACGAGUAUUGUGGGCAUCAUGAUUUUGAGAUGGAAACAACGAGUGUUGAAGAUUGUGGGGAUCCGUUUUUGGAAACUUCGUGGUUGAAUGAGGACGUGACAGCUAUCUAUAAAAGAUGA